AUGCCGCUUGUUCUUCACUACCAUAAUCAACACUAUAGUGUUUAUGUUCACAGUACUCCGGCUCAAGAUAUCGCAGCUGAAGAGGGAGCCAGCGAGGAGGACGUGGAGAUGGCAGGAAGUGACGAUGGGGACCUGGAAACUAGGCGGCCAAGUGCGACGGAGACGACGGACCCAGCCACGGAAGCACAAGCGGCUGAAAAGGGUGAUCUCCCUCAGGAGACUGAAGCAGGGAGAGGGUGGUAUGAGGAGAUGAAGACGGAAGAGGACGCAGAGCCGAACGCUGAGUCACAGUACGGGUCCCAGUCACCGUGGGACCCAGAAGCUUGGAGCGGCAACCUAGAGGAGGUAGAAGAAAGGCUGAGCGGCCCGACAAUUUAUCAUACGCUCAAGCAAGAGAUUGACCAGAUUCUCCGAGUUGGCGGCGAGCGCACCCAAGAGUUACUACAUUUUCUCGUUGCCAUGGUGUCGCAGCUGUCGCUUCACCAGCAAAAACGGCUUCUAGCAGCGGACUUAAGCGAUCCCGAGCAGUGCAAGAAAUACAUGGUCGAAUUUCAAAUCCCAGAGCCAGUGGUUCGGCAGUGGCGCCAACGUCUCGAGGAGGAGAAGAGCGGAGACACUCAGCCAGUGACGGAGCUCCGACGAUUUAUCUACUUCCCGAGUGGCUGCACCCCGGCGAAUACUCAGGCGUAA